AGGCGUUAAGCAGCGGCAUGUCUUCCGUCAUCGACUUGGAAGAGGAAGACGUUGGUGAGCCGCCCGUUGCCUCUGCAGCGUCGGCGGGUGGACGUGGCAACGGCAUGGGUGACAUGGCGACAAGCACCCAAGCGUCCAAGGGCAAGAGGCUGUCGGUGGAACGCAUCUACCAGAAGAUGAGCCAGCUGGAGCACGUCCUGCUGCGCCCGGACACGUACGUCGGCUCCGUCGAGCCCGUCACGCAAAACAUGUGGGUGUACGACCCCGAAGACGACGACGGCGGUGGUGGCAUGAAGCACAGGAGCGUCACAUUCGUGCCCGGCCUGUACAAGAUAUUCGACGAGAUUCUGGUGAACGCGUCUGACAAUAAACAGCGGGACAAGAACAUGGACUGCAUCAAGGUAUCUAUACAGCCAGAGCAGAACUGCAUCUCCGUGUGGAACAACGGCCAGGGCAUUCCCGUGGUCGAGCACCGCGUAGAGAAGAUGCACGUGCCGACGCUCAUCUUCGGCCACCUGCUCACCUCGUCCAACUACAACGACGAAGAGAAGAAAGUCACAGGCGGCCGCAACGGCUAUGGUGCCAAGCUGUGCAACAUCUUCAGCAGGAAGUUCAUCGUGGAGACAUACUCGCGAGCCGAAAAGAAGCUUUUUAAGCAGGUCUGGGAGGACAACAUGCGAAAGACCACCGAACCCAAGAUCAAGGUGGAGGCCAAGGGCGAGGAUUUCACCAAGAUUACCUUCUAUCCAGACCUUGCCAAGUUCAUGAUGCAGAAGCUGGACGCCGACACAGUGGCGCUGCUGUCCCGCAGGGCGUAUGACGUGGCCGGCUGCACACAGGGAGUCAAAGUCUACCUGAACGGUAAGCGGCUGCCAGUGAAGGGCUUCAGGGAGUACGUGCAGCUGUUCCUAAAAGACCAGGAAGACGAAACGGGCAAUCCGCUCGUUGUAGCCCACGAGCUCGUCAGCGACCGUUGGGAGGUGGCCGUGACCUUGAGUGCCUCGGGCGAGUUCCGGCAGAUGAGUUUCGUUAACGGCAUCGCCACCACCAAGGGAGGCAGUCACGUUGACUACGUCUCCGACCACGUAGUCAAAAAGGUUUUGGAAAAUGUCAAGAAGGAAAACAAAGCAGGUGUGAAGAUACAAAGCAAGCAAGUCAAGGACUACUUGUGGAUGUUCGUCAAUUGUCUAAUUGAAAAUCCAACAUUCAAUUCCCAGACCAAGGAGAACAUGACGCUGCCUGCGAAGAAGUUUGGUUCGAAGUGCGAGCUCAGCGACAAGUUCUAUAGCCAGAUGCUCAAAUUCGGCGUCGUGGAGUCCGUUAUGAGAUGGGUAACAUUCAAGGCCGAGAAACAGCUAGGCCAGAAGUGUUCGUCCAAGAAACACUCCAAGCUGAAGGGCAUUCCAAAGCUGGAGGACGCCAACGACGCUGGCACCAAGAACUCGGUUGACUGCACGCUCAUCCUGACCGAGGGAGACUCGGCCAAAAGCCUGGCCGUGUCGGGCCUGUCAGUGGUGGGCCGCGACAAGUUCGGCGUGUUUCCGCUGAAGGGAAAGAUGCUGAAUGUGCGGGAGGCCACCCACAAGCAGAUCUUGGAAAAUGCCGAGAUCAACAAUGUUAUCAAGAUCAUGGGCCUCCAGUACAAGAAAAAGUACGAGACAAUGGACGACCUGAAGACUGUUCGGUACGGUCACCUUAUGAUCAUGACAGAUCAAGACCAAGACGACUCACACAUCAAUUGCCUUCUCAUCAACUUCAUCCACCACAACUGGCCGUCGCUUCUCAAGCUUCCGUUCCUCGAGGAGUUCAUCACACCCAUCGUGAAGGCGAGUCGCGGUAGCAACGAGCUGUCUUUCUACUCGCUGCCCGAGUUCGAAGAAUGGAAGACCACCACCGACGACUGGCAGCGCUGGAAGGUCAAGUACUACAAAGGUCUCGGCACUAGCACCUCCAAGGAGGCCAAGGAGUAUUUCACUGACAUGUUGCGGCACCGAAUCACGUUCCGGUACCAAGGCAACGAAGAUGACCACGCCAUAGAGCUGGCCUUCAGCAAGAAGAUGAUCGAACAGCGCAAAGGCUGGCUCCGCAGUGGCAUGGAGGAGCGCAAGCAGCGUCGCGAGAUGGGCCUGCCCGAGCUCUACCUGUACGGCAAAGACACGAGGAACGUGACGUACCUUGAUUUCGUCAACAAGGAGCUCAUCUUGUUCAGCAAUAUGGAUAAUGAGCGUUCGAUCCCGUCCCUGGUGGACGGGCUGAAGCCGGGACAGCGCAAGGUUCUCUUCACUUGUUUUAAGCGCAACGACAAGCGCGAAAUUAAGGUCGCCCAGCUGGCAGGGUCCGUGGCCGAGCAUUCUGCGUAUCAUCACGGCGAGGCCUCCCUAAUGUCGACCAUCAUCAACUUGGCGCAGAAUUUUGUCGGCUCCAACAAUAUCAACCUGCUGCAGCCAAUUGGUCAGUUUGGCACAAGGCUGCAGGGUGGCAAGGACGCGGCCAGCCCUCGAUAUAUCUUCACCAUGCUAUCACCCCUGGCGCGUCUCAUCGUUCCCACUUUGGACGAUCCAGUCUUGGAGUACUUGUACGAUGAUAACCAGCGCAUAGAGCCGGAGUACUACAUCCCGGUGCUCCCCAUGGUUCUAGUGAAUGGUGCAGAGGGAAUCGGCACCGGCUGGAGCACAAAGAUACCCAACCACAAUCCUCGUGAUAUAGUUGCCAAUCUGCGGAGGAUGAUCUCCGGUGAUGAGCCAAAUACACUUAAGCCAUGGUUCAAAAACUUUCGUGGAUCCAUAGACCAGGUCGAAGAGCAGAGGUUCAUCGUGAGCGGCGAGGUGGCCGUGCUCAACUCCACCAGCAUUGAGAUCACGGAGCUUCCGGUCCGGGUGUGGACUCAGACGUACAAGGAGACGGUGCUGGAGACCAUGCUGCAUGGCACAGAGAAAGUGCCGCCGCUCAUAUCCGACUACAAGGAGUACCACACAGACACCACCGUUCGCUUCGUGGUUACCAUGGCCGAAGAGAAGCUGGCCAAAGCCCGCGAAGAAGGACUGCACAAGGCGUUCAAGCUGCAGACUACGCUCACGACGUCCUCUAUGGUUCUGUUCGACUCCAAGGGCGUCCUGAGGACGUUUCGUACCCCCGAGGACAUUCUGCGCGACUUCUUCGAUACGCGCCUGCAAGCGUAUGUCAAUCGAAAGGCCUACCUCAUCGGUCUGUUGUCGGCUGAAGCGAAGCGCCUCGAAAACCAGGCACGCUUCAUUCUCGAGAAAAUCGGCAACAUCAUCAAGAUUGAGAACCGCCGCCGCAAAGAGAUGUUGGAGACACUGCGGCAGCGGGGCUAUGAUCCCGACCCCAUCCUAAUCUGGAAGAAGAAGCAGUUGCAGCAGACAGGGCGUCGAGACAGCCAAGACGAGUCGCAGGAUGAAGGCGGAGACGCUGCCGAAGAACCGGAUGAGGAGCGAGACAAGGACGGUGGCAGCGUGCACUACAACUACCUCCUGGGCAUGCCACUUUGGAGUCUGACUAUGGAGAGGAAGGACGACCUGCUCAAGAAGCGCGACGAGAAGCGAGAGGAACUCGAAGUGCUGCGUCGAAAGUCCCCCGAGAACCUCUGGGAAGAAGACCUGGACGCCUUCUCUGCCAAGCUGGACGAAGUGGAGCAGGCGCAGCGCGAUGAAGAGGACUCUACUGGCGUCAAGACGAACCAAGGGGCCAUGGCGUCUAAGAGGGCCGAAAGUGAGACGAAGCCCUCGGCGUUCGCGGAGCGCGUUGUGCCAAAGGUCGAGUGGGAAGCGAAGGCCAAGACCACCGGAGCGCGCCGCGGGGCCGCCAAGAAGGCGACCGGCGAUGAUGCUGCCAAUGGCCACGGUGAUGGCGGGGACGGCAACGCUGCAACGUUGACCAGCACCACCAGUCCCGGCGUCCUUGAACGGGGAACAGAUUCUGCACCCGCCAAGGCGCCAGUGCGUAAACGAGGCGCCCCUAAGGACACGUCUGCUAUAACUAAAACAAAGUCCAAGAAGAGAAAGAACUCUCGGUCGGGCUCUGAUUCUUCGGAGAACGACGAGCCGCCCAACAGCGUGGGUUCAGACGACGACCUCGAGCCCGUGGCGGGCCCUUCGCAUCGCCAGCAACGCAAGGCUCCACAACGAGCACACCCUCGGAAGAAGCACGGAGCCGCGGCUAAGACAAAGCAGCGCGACGCCACCGGUGACGAAGGUGACACAGACUUCGUCAAGCCACCCGCCAAGAAACCCGGCGCAGUUUCUCGCGCACACAAGAAGUCUUCGGCGGACGACUCCGAGUCCGACACUAUGCCGGCUCCGAAGAAGGCAACCAAGAAAAUGAGGGUCCUGUCGUCGUCCUCCUCUUCGGGCGAUGACGGCGUGCCUGCCGUGCCGCGUCCAAGUCCCGCCAACCGAGGGCGCUCCAGGGCAGCGCCGGUAAACUACAAUGUCGGAAGCGAUAGCAGUGACGGAUUCUGAAACACCUCAUGUGCUGAGUUAAUUGUGAUAUACUGCGUUCUGAUGCUUGCGCCUCCACCUAUGCAUAGAAGAGCCAUGUGCGAGCUUCGUGGCGUGUACAUCACAUUCAAUGGCGGUGUGACCGAUUGACAUUUUUUGCCACCUUCAUCAUUGUGACUAUAUAAUGUUCCGCACGCGAGUGCAAUAGCCCACUUGUUGACAAGUGUUCCUUAUCCUACAGACUGUCUCAGUGUGCAUGCUUUCGCUCCUUUUUUUUUGUUUCCGGCAGUGACAUCUACUUACGGUUUCAACUGGCAGAGGACUCUUUGUAGGAGAAGAGCAGUAGAGGUUUUGCUGACGGGCUUUCGUCACUGAAGGAAGAAGCAGAGGAAUAUUACCGAGGAUUUGCCGAUUUUUCAUAUGCGUUCUUUUUUCGGCUCUGUAGGUUCAUGCACCAGGUCGAUGACAUUGUCACUGCCGAGCAGAUUACAAGGCGGCGUAUCAUGCUAGGUACCCAAGUGCUUCAAUUUUAAGAUUUUUUACCAGUUUUAUAUUCAUAUUAAACUACUUUACUUCUUCACAAUGAAGGAAGCGAGAAUAAUUGGGCUUUUUUUUUACGGCAGCGAUUUUAAAUUUGUUCCAGGAAGUGCCUCACAUAGCUUAUGUGCUGGCAACCUCUACCGCUCCUUCAUAACGCCUUGCAGUUAAAAUCAAGUUAAGUAUUUUAUUUUUGACAGUACUGGCUUGCUAUCAGUCGUAAUAUAUUUGCAACGUAUUUAAGGAUCCACCUCUUUACUUGUUCUGUUUGUUAUUUGCAUUGUAGUGAAAAAAAAAACCCCGUCCAGUUUUUGACGCCGCUACCGCUUUUAGUCCAGUGUUCACUUUAGAGCAUUUAUUUUUAUUUGGACAAAUAUAUAGUCGGUGUACGAAUUUCCCGGGCAA